CUAAAAUGAAGGCAACAAUCUUAUUUCUGCUAUUUUCAUCCUUAUUUCUUCUAAACUCAUCACGAACACUCAAUGUUCUCCAACAACUCUCAAGUGAAGAUAACAAAAUAAUAAAUUCCGUUUGUAAAAUUGUCAAUGACAUCACAGAGUCAAAGAAUGACACACGAGACAUUUUGGUUGGAUAUAUUGGUGGUAAUCAAUGGUCACAGGCUGUAAAUGACGUUGCAAAGUGUAUUGCAGAUAAGAAAGCUGUUGUUAUGACUGAUUUCUUGACAAUCGCAACGGAAAGUACAUUGAAAAAAGCAUCAGUGAUAGUUUUGGUGUCUUAUCAAGCUGACAGGAACCUGAUAAGACAGCUCAUCUCAAGUCAGCUAUUUUCAUCUGUUUGGCACCACAUGGCUAAGAUUAUCUGUAUCGUACCUAAAUCCACAUCAAUUUUCCAUCGCACUGCAAUUUUAAAUACAUUUGCAAGCCUUGGCUUCUACAAUGUUGUUACUGUACACGAAAAUGAUAAGGACGAAAUUGUUGUUGAUGUUCUGAACCCUCCAACGGGUAAAAUGAGUCUUAUAAUCAAUCCAGAUGACAGUGCACAGCUAUUCCCAGAUAAAUUAAAGGACAUGGCAGGUUAUCCUUAUAAAAUUCCAGUCAUUAUUCAGCCACCAUUGGUUCAAAUUAGAGGUAAACAAAUCAGAUCACCGAUGAUUCAUUUUUUGAAGGACGUCAGUGAGAAGCAAAAUGCAGGCAUUCAGUUUACUAUUCAACCUGAUGGAGCUCACUUGGGCAAGUCUUGGGAGACCCGACAAAUGCAUCUGACGAUCAACACUGCUGCAUCAUUUGACAAUCCUGAGCCGAAAUUGAUAAAUUAUGAAAAAAGAGGCUUUUGUGCAUUGAUUCCGAUUCCUCAGAAAACCUUGACAUUCCGGAUCAUGAUUAUCAUGCCAUUUGACUAUCUCAUUUGGGCUCCUUUGGUCCUUUCAAUAGCUGGUUCCUUCGCUGUUUGGUGGCUCUAUUGUGGACGUGGUGCUGUUGACUCUCAUUGGCUACUUCUUGCUGAGAUCUAUAAAUUGUUCUUCGGUCAAGGCUUCACAUUGUCAAGGAACAACCAUUUCAUGCUGUUGACCCUUAUGCAGCUGAUCUGCUGGUUAAUAUUCAUCAUCAGCAACGCAUACCAAAGUGAAAUCACAUCCUGCAUGAUUGAACCGUUCCAUGAGAACCGACUACAAACUGUUGCAGACUUACUGGCUUCAAAUCAUGAAAUUGUAACUGAUGAAGGCUUUGCAUUUAUUAUCAAGGACGUCGAUGAAUUUGAGGCACUAAGGAUGAUGAUCAAAAAGACUGACUUACAACUUCAUGAACGAUUUGAAGAGGAAGUGACUCAGAAGCACUCAGUUAUGAUCAGCAUGUGUGAUACAUUUGAGCAUGAUUUGAACAGAUUGCUUGAUAAUGGACGAUAUAUAAAUGAUGAUUACUACAUCCUGCCUGAACCUAUUCUAUGGGAGUUUGUGAGACUUGAAGCAAGCUACUUGAAUCCAUUUUUGGAAAGGUUUCAGUUCUACAUGGACUUGUCAUUUCAAGCUGGAUUGCCUCAUAUGUGGAAGGUUCUUGAGAAUUUGGAUCAAUCGAGAUACGCAAUGAUUGAUGCAUCCGAUGUUCCUGACAGUUUGCGUUUUGAGGAUCUUCAUGAAGUCUUUAGGGUUUUGGGAAUUGGAUUGAUAGCUUCAAUUUUUGUGUUUUUGUUUGAAAUUUUUUAUCACGACUGUUUGAGAUAUUUUGAUGUUCGAGGUUUUGUUAAGGAUUUGAGGAUCAAGAUGUGCAGUUGGGUUGAAAAGAUAAGAAUAUCAAAGCAAAGAGUGCGGAUCAUUAAGGUUCAAUCUAGAAAUAAUUAAACAUUUACCCUAAACUCAACCAUUUGGUUCAGAUGAGGAUAUCCAGGAGAAGUCCUGAUUUUAAGCCUUGCAAGCAGUGUCUGCACUUGUGGCUAUCAAAUAGAAUCUUGCAAAUUCAACACGUGUUGCUCGGGUAGCAAAGCUUAAAACUUACGAAAUUUCCCACUAGCCACACUUUCUAUUCUUCUCAACAGCCCACGACACACGGAAGGUCAUAAAAACUUUUAAAAACAAAUAAAACUUUC